UUGCAGCACACUAGGGAUAAGCUUACUCGGGUCCGGUAACAGGCGAGGGUCAGUAUACAGUAGGAAAGGGCUCAGAUCUCAGAACUCAAAUCGGCAGGCUUAGACAGGUCCAAAAAACAAGCAGGGUUCGGAAACGGAGUGAAGACUUACAAUGCCGGUCAGGAUCAGGCGAGAACGAUGGUCAGAGGUACGGAACUGGGUCAAUAACAGAACAAGCCGAGUUAGAGAAUGCUGGAAUGUGAGAACAGACAAUCAACGAUCUGGCGAAUGACAACAGUGACAGGUGGUGCUUAAAUGUCCUGGGGAGUAAUGAUGAAUUGGGUACAGGUGCGUGAAUAAAAAACGGAAGUAAGGUUAGCGUAAGCAGAGUGAUGUGACAAACCGGAAACUACUAAACUAAAACAGGAAGUGAAACUGGAGCUCUGACAAAGACAUAUAACAUUUUCAUAACAUGUACAGUUUGUGGACAUCUAGAAACCGGGAAAAGCAAACGAAUUAUAGUGACACGAUGGAAAUUAUCCCAAAGUAAUGCACACGCACACUAUAAUACAAUUUUAUUUCAUUGCAGUCUCCAGGAUUUAUUUGGUUACAACAUUUAAUCCAAAUGUUGGUCCAAAGGCAUGCGUUUAGGUUAAUUGGCUUCUCUACAUUGCCCUUAGGUGUGAGUGUGUGUGAAUGGUUGGUUGUCUCUGUGGCCCUGCAAUGGACUGGUGACCUGUUCAGGGUGUACCCCAUCUCUCGCCCUCAGCUAGCCGGGAUAGGCUCCAACCCCCCUGCGACCCCGAAUGGGAACAAGUGGUAGAAAAUGAAUGGAUGUAUAUAUCUGCUGCAGCAGAGAAGACACCCAGCAACUGUUUCAGAAAAGAGAUUGGUGAUGUAGCAACUAUAUUUAAAAAGUAAGGUAAAAACCUGUACCGUUGCGGGGAAGGUUCAGGGGGCGGGGCCAGGCUGAGAGGAGGUGGAUUCAGCCUGUCCGCUUUCAUCUAGCACUUACGGUAAUAACACUGCAAGCCUGGGAGUGGGGGAGGGGUGGUUCUGUGCUGAAGAGGCCAUACUGCCCACGGGCCCUCGGAACGACACACAUUUACAGCUAAAGAGACGGGAAAAAAAGUUUUACUGUCAAUGUAACCAUGAUUGAAAAGUUAUUGUAAAAGCAAUUAAAAAAGUGAUGUUAGAAGGUAACAUACUUGAUGCAGUAAUUUAAAAAUUAGGUUUAAGUUUGCCUACUUUAAACUAGAGCUACCAGGUGCCUUUUCUGUAUGGGGUGCCAAAUGUAAAAGGAGCACCUAUAACUAGUUUUCUCACAUUUAACUAAAUGACACAACAUGUUUUCUCACAUUUAGUUAAAUGUUAAAUGUUAAAUGUAAAUGUUAAAUGAUCGAACUGAAUAUUUAAGUAGACUCCACCCCCUAUUAUCCUAGAUCAGUGACGCGGACUCAAACACGUCAAACAGUACGCAUAGCUCCGCCCACAUCUGACUCUGGAUCGGUGCACGAAAAUACUGGAGAGAAGCCUGAAGUCGAAGCCAUCAUGGCCGCCAGCUCCGACUCCCUCCCGUUGGGGGAGAUUGAACGGGCUGUAACGGCAGGUGUGCGGGCUGAGGCUCCGCUUCAAACUGCCGUUCUGUCGUAAACACCAUUAAUGAGGAGUCAAGUAGGUUUAAAUAGAAUAUUUCUGUGGCGCCGGUGGAGAAUUAGUUGGCUAACUAUACUAGCUAGCCGAAGUUACGUCCAGGCUAAAAACAUAAGUUUCCAGAUCAGAUGUGGGCGGGGUUUGCGCGCACUGUUUGAGGUGAUAGAGUUUGCGUCUCUGAUCUGAGACCAGCGCUGUUUGAGGGUAGGGGUAGAGUCUACUUGCCCAUUCAUGAAUAUUCAGUUUACACUCGGCGAACAUUUAACAUUUAACAUUUACAUUUAACAUUUACAUUUUACAUUUACAUUUACAUUUACAUUUACAUUUACAUUUACAUUUACAUUUAACAUUUAACAUUGGUAAUGAACCGUAAAUUGUGUGUGAAUGGUUGUCUGUCUGUCUGUCUGUGUGUUGCCCUGCGGUGGACUGGCGUCCUGUCCAGGGUGUACCCCGCCUCUUGCUCGUAGAUAGCUGGGAUAGGCUCCAGAACUCCCCGUGACCCCGCAUGGGAAUAAAUGGUUAAAAGAUGGAUGGAUGGACAUCAGUGGUGGGUGUUUUAUAGAAGCAAGAGCAGAAGAUCAGUUCAGUUAAGUGGUGGCAGGUUUAACCUCACAUUCUCCUCACUGCCUUACAACAUGGUUCUUUGACUGGCAGGAUAAAUACUGUGUUCAAUGGUUAAAUUAGAUUUUGUACUUACUUAGUACAACUAGUUAAUAAUGUCUUUCUUGGUAGUGUUGAAAUACUUCAAAAUUAAAAGGAGCAUCAUGAUCAACUCUACACAAUCUUCACAUUUUACACUCUCUGCCUACUUUAACACUGGGCUUGUCCAGUCCUUAUAUUUCAUGAUUGUCUUUUUUUUGUAUAUUUUCAUUGUUGGUGCAAACAUGUUGCUCAUUGUGGUUAUUUGUUUGAACAGAAGUUUACAUGAACCCAUGUACAUGUUUCUGUGCAGUCUGUUUGUGAAUGAGCUGUUUGGCAGCUCUGGGCUGUUUCCUUUCCUUCUGCUUCAGAUUCUCUCUGACGUUCACACUGUUUCUGUUCCCUUUUGUUUAGUGCAGGUUUUCUGUGUGUACACGUAUGGAAGUGUGGAAUUCACUAACUUGGCCAUCAUGUCUUAUGACCGAUACCUGGCUAUCUGUCAUCCUCUACAAUACAACACGUGUAUGACCUCUAGUAAGGUCACCUUGCUCAUAGCUGUUAUCUGGUUGCCUCCUGUUCUAGCGGUUCUUGUUUCAGUAUGUCUGACUGCCUCUUUACAGCUGUGUGGGAGCAUCAUAAAUCAGGUUUAUUGUGAUAACUACUCAAUCAUAAAACUUUCAUGUUCUGACACCACAGUAAAUAACAUCUAUGAACUUGUUGCUGCUUAUGUCACAUUCUGUAUUCCAAGCUCUGUUAUCUUUUACACUUACAUGAGGAUUCUCAACGUGUGUUUUUCUGGAUCCAAACAUACCCGGCAGAAAGCGGUCAGUACCUGCACACCUCAUCUGGCUUCUCUGCUCAACUUCUUCUUUGGUGCUUUCUUUCAUGUAUUACAGAGCAGAUUUAAUAUGAGCAGUGUACCAAAUAUGUUGCGAAUAUUCUUGUCAUUAUAUUUCUUCACAUGCCAGCCGCUCUUCAACCCUGUAAUGUAUGGCCUGAACAUGAGCAAAAUACGCAUCACAAGUAAAAGUCUCUUCAAAUUAUGAAAUGUACAAUAUUUAAACAUUUACUUAGUUUGAGUAACAAGAGGUAAAUGCAUUGUCUCUAUUAAUAACUAUAAUAAUUACACUGAAGCAUGUAAGUGUACAUGUAGUUUUAUGAAGUGUUUUUGUCAAUUACUGUGUACAAAAACAUUAAUUGUAUAUAGACAAAAUGAUGUAACAACCAACAAUCAAUAAAUAAUCAGUGC